GCUCCAGCGAAAGCGGGAGCGCGUGCACUUUUAACGAGGAGCAGCAGGAGGACAAGACAAGGAGAAAAAGAGGAGGAAGACGAACUAGAGGAGGCGAAUUUUGAGCCAAGGAAGUAAAUUUGAGGCUUUAACUCGGUUUGUUGAGUUAUCCUGUGUAUUUCCUCUGUGACAUCAUCUGUUGAACUCCAGAUACUGAGCUCAUUAUUGAUCUGACCACAACAACAGCAGCCAGUGAUCCUGGAUCGGGGAUUAUCAAGUCCUUCUGAUCCAGCCUAAAGGGGUAUUUGUGAAACAUAAACCUCAGGAGACACCAAAUCAGCGGAAUCAAACCUGUUUGCAUUGGUCAUCUGACACAACUCAACGGAUCUGAUUGGCUGACGAAGCUACAAAACAUUUAGUGGUUAUAAAAGAACUGGUUUUAAAAUGGCAGCGUCUGAGCUGAUCGAGGAUGACGGCGGUGUGCGCACACAUGUGGAAGCCAUCACCACGGUAGUCACCCCUCACAACUCGCCCGGCCAUCCUCAGAGGGUUGCCAACGGUAACCCAAGCCGCCACGGUUCCUCGCCAUCACCCCCAGCCGACACACACGACGGCAGAAAACGGGAUGGAAACGGCAAACUGAGCAGCCUGUGGAAGCAGAACCAGCUGAUCCAGACCCUCAGCAGCGGCCUCCGUCGUCACUGCGACUAUGUCAAAAUCAGCAUACCCGAGGAGCACGCCAACCGCCUGCCCACCGAGUGGUGGAAGACGGGCGUGGCCUUCCUCUAUGCUGUGUUCAACCUCGUCUUCACCACCGUCGUCAUCACCAUUGUUCAUGAACGAGUGCCGGACAAGUCGGUGAACCCUCCGCUGCCCGAUAAGUUCUUCGACUACGUGGACCGUGUUCCGUGGGCGUUCACUGUCACUGAAGUCAACGGGCUGAUCCUCACUGGACUCUGGCUCGUCCAGUGGCUCUGCCUCAAACACAGAGCCAUCAUUGGUCGUCGCUGCUUUUUCCUGAUCGGGACUCUGUACAUGUACCGCUGCAUCACCAUGUACAUCACCACACUGCCAGUCCCAGGAAAACACAUGGUCUGCGCUCCCAAGCUUUACAAUGACUCAACUGGCAAAAUUUGGAGGAUUCUGAGGCUGAUUUCUGGUGGAGGUUUGUCUCUGACUGGCUCUCACAUGAUGUGUGGUGACUUCCUGUACAGCGGACACACUGUCAUGUGCACGCUGUCCUACCUCUUCAUCAAAGAGUAUUCUCCUCGCUGGAUGUGGUGGUAUCACUGGUUCUGCUGGCUGCUCAGCGCUUCUGGAGUCAUCUGCAUCCUCGUUGCUCACGAGCACUACAGCAUUGACGUUGUCAUUGCAUAUUUCGUCACCACCAGGGUCUUCUGGGCGUACCACACCAUGGCUAACACGCAUGCACUGCGUCAGGCUCCAAACAACUAUCUGUCGAGGACGUGGUGGAACUGCGUUUUCAACUUCCUGGAGAGAAACGUCAAAACGACGGUUCCGAUCGUGUUCUGCUGGCCCGUGAACCUGCCGUCAUCCUGCAGGCAGCGCUACCGAAUAGUGGAAGGAGGAAGGGACGAGUGACCGCAGCAGGACUUUUUUUAUAUUUAGGACUGACUAUUUAUUGGAACCAGCAAAGCCUCUAUAUUCAGGAGGAACAUGAAGAUUUAAGACGUUUACAUUAUUAUUCACCUGUUCUUAAUCCAUCAGUUUAAUCCUGAUCUUUGUGUUGGAGCAGUCGGAUAACAAGAACAUAAUAGUUAGUACAAACUGCCAGAGUCCUCCCAAAGCUGAUAAAAUGAAGGAUAUUUCCAACUAAAGCAGAUUUAUGAUGGCAUUCAUUUGUGGUUUACUCACACUACACCUUUUGUAUCUUUGGAAAAGCUUUAUUUUUUAUGUUACUGAUUAUAGGAAACAGAUUUCUGUAAGUUUUGGAUGCCAUAAAACUGCCAGUCGGUCCAGUAAGUUCACUGUGGGGUGUUAGGCACAGCUACAUACUGCAGAUAUUGAUGGAAGAAAGUGUUUAAAUCAGAGCGAACACAUGCCAGUACAUUUAGUGAGAGUGAUUUUAUUUUGUUAGAUUAGUCAAAUUUCAGUACUUGACAACUUGUGAUGGUGCUAGGUGACGCUUUGGUGUUAAAGUUUGACACCCGCUGCAAUAACUACAGAAUUAACAGAUUUAUAUGUCACUAAAAACUUGCUCAUUUGUUUUAUUUUUGGCAGCCACUGAAGUUACAACAAAUGUAAUAUUUUGGCUUCAAUAUGUACUGUAAAAUAGGUAAGUGUAUUUUUAGACGCAUAUUUACAGGACAGACGAUGCUAGCGGAAAAUGUCAGAGGAGGAGCAGCCACUUCUUUGUUUCUCUUUUCACCUAAACUUAAACAUAGCAUCAGCUUUCAGACGUCAGGAUGUACAUCACAGGAACUAAAAACACAUUAGCUAAUUAUUCUAACGUGUCAAUAGAAGAACGAAGUUCGCAGUUAGCAUGUUCUCCAAGUGCAUUAUGGUUAAAAACAGAAUUGUGACCGUGCCAUUCGUGAUGUUAUGACAUUUUUACUGGUUCACCAGUGCUAACUUUAGUUUGGUCACCGUUUGUAAAUAAAGUGUUUGUUUUUUGUGAUGAUUGUACUUGAUUAUUGUUGUUUAAGUUAUAUUUUCAGUAAUAAUAUAAAAGUAUAUAAAACACAGA